AUGCGACAUUGUCCUGCGCGCAUCCACAACUUCUACGAAGACGAUGAUGUGGAGUCUGUGACGGCUCAGUCAGGGAAGCAAAGACGGUUUGCGCCAUCGCCACGGCCGUUUUCAGCGCCCUCGAGCUCCCCGCGUGCUGGAAGCGACGCACAGUCUCCCGGCCUCAUCGCCAGCUCGGGAGAGCGUAAUGCCUUCGUCCAGCAAGCGGAAAGGAGUGAGUCUUCCCGUAGCAGCAGCAGUAGCUGCAGCAGUGCGUCCAUCGAGCGUGUGAUACACUGCGACGGGACCACUUCUCAACCAGGUUUCGACUCUAUUUCGACUCACAGCCUUUUCAUCGGUGAAGCGUUGGUGUCGCUGCGGCAGCUACAGGAGUCCGUGGAGGAGGCUGUGCGUGAUGUACGCCGGUUGGAUAUGCUGACGCGGAAGGCCGUGUGGCAUGCGCUGACUCGGCAACCGAGCUCUCGCGAUGCAAGGCUCCACAGGAGGACCACCACCACAUCGGUGCACAAGGUAUCUCCGGGCGUACGGCGUAGCGCAUCUACCUCUGCAGAGGUGCACCACGGAGCCGAAGGCUACUCCGAAUCGACAGCACUCGUGCAUGAGAAACCGUUUCUUCCACCCGACCGCUAUCCCACGACACCAGCGCUACAGGACACUCCCGAUCAUUUUACGCGAAACCUCUUUGGCUCCUUGUUCGCGGCACACCGUGCUGGGCUCUUCGAACAGCAGCGCGCGUGGAUGCAGCGCCGCCUACCUCGCAACACAACGGAAGCUCCUGCCGUCGCCGAGAUUCCCUCGUCCUCGCCGGCUUCGACUCGCCGUACAGCACUGCAGCGGGUCUCCAGCUUGAAAAGCUCCGCCACAGCUGCACCCCGGAGCAGCCGAACCACUGUCGCCUCCGGAGGUAGUUGCGUGGGGGCACCGACGGCAGACGCCGUUGACGUCGAGGAAGAGCGUGUUCGAUCGUCUGUGUCGCUGAUCAUUCUCCGCGUCGCGAAGGACCGCGCCAUCGCGACUGUGUUUCUCCGUCAACUACGCCUCGAGGCGUACAAGCGGCGUGCUCUCCGCGAGAAUGUCGACUUGCGCUACAGCUACUACGUCCAGCGCCGCUUGCUGCGACGGUGGAGCGACGCGUCGGUGAUGCAGAGACGCUGGCGCGUCUCUCUCCUGACGCGCAUCAUCCUCCAUUGGCAGCGUUUUGUGCAGACGCGAAAAGCGUUACGCGGUGUCCUGUCCUCGUGGAGGCGACUUUUGCAGCAGCGNCAGCAAGCACAAAGCCAGCGCUGCUUCAAGCACUGGCUCCGAACCUUCACCUGGCACCGUGAACGAGGCGCACUCUAUGAGACUGCUAGUCAGUUCGCCGCGUCUCGGCAGCGGUGGCGCCACGGCCAAACACUGCUUGAGGCAUGUGAUGGGGGUGCAGAGGUGUUAGCGCUUCUGCAGGGCAGACCACGUGCGUCGGGCAGUGGCACCGUGGUGGUCACCGCGGUCGGACCUCGUCUGCUCCUGCGGCGCCUCUUUUUGGCGUGGAGACAACGGACAGAGUGGCGGCUGAUGGCGCACUUGGCUGCGUGGCACUACGUCCGACAGAUGCGCGCCAAUGUAGUGCGCCGAAUGUGCAGCUGUGCGCGUCGUGUCGCUCUACAGCACUACCGCAGCCGGCCCGAGCAUCAGCGACAGCGCGUUGCACCCGCAGCACACGGCGUGGGUGCAGGGAGUAGUGUCGUGGAGGAGCCGUCACGAGCCCCGCGUCGUGUGUGCAUCGUUUCCGUCUUGCAGAGAGGGCUUCUCAAGUACAAGGUCAGCGCAGCGCUCUGCAUCGCGCACGCGGCCCAGCUCCGCAGGUGCUUUGAUUGGUGGCACAUUCGCGUCCGAGCCCGUCGGGCGGAUCGUUUUCAUCUCCAGUGCGUGUAUGCGUACGUGGUGUGCCGGUGGCUGCAGGCCCUCGCUGCUCAUCGAGCGCGCCGACAGCGGAAGCGGCUAAUUCUUUCUCGCUGGGUGGCAGCCACGGAACAUUGCCAGGCGGCUGCAGUGGCGUGGAAACUGCACGCAUAUCAGUUGGCUCGCCAUGCACUCCGUCUCUGGCGAAGCCGUCUCACAGUGCGUCUGACGCAUCAAGCACAGUUGCUGCAAGGCUGCUUCGAGCGUUGGAGGGAUCGGACGCUGCUGCGACGCGCAGCCAGAGCUCUCCAGCGCACGCGACAGCACGGUUUGCUGCGACAAUGGCACUGCCGUGCACAGGCGCGCGUACAGGUGCGCACAAACCUCUAUGUGGCCGACACUAUCAGUGAAACAGCGCUUGUACUCGGCUGCUUUCGGCGGUGGCGUUUUCGCGCUGCGGAGAGGCAUCGCGCGCGCCUCGCGUGGGAUGUCCUGGUGCAGCUGCGGCGGGAGCGACUGAGCCGGCGCUGCUUCGACGUAUGGCGUAGGCGCACUUUGGCCCCAGCACUGCCAUGGGCGAGGCAUCUCAAAAUGGAUCGUUCCUCCUCUCCCAUGUCGCUGCUUGUGUGA